AUGACGAUUGUUGAAAGAAAAAUAUUUCGAAUGUUCUGGAAGAUCAACUUCAAUGAGUUAAAAUUUUUUAGCGGGGGCAGUACUAUAAAAAAUUUGUCGGGAGUCACUGAUGGCUCAUACGAAUUAGAUCAAGAAGACAAGUUCCAAAUGAGCAAUUUUAAAGACCUGCACAGAGGGCAAAACAAGUUGAAGGCUUUCUACAAAGGAAUGGUUGUGUCUGUUUAUUACUCAAAUAUGCACAGCCUCAAACUGACCAGGGAGGAUUUGGUUGAACUGGUCCAAAUGAAAGAACUCCAAUACGACAACUUGGUUCCAUUUUUAGGUGCCUGCUCAGAUGAUGACAGAAUUUGUUACAUCGUUCAACACUGCAGCAGAGGAACUUUACAGCAGCACAUGCGACAAAUAAAACAAAUAAGAUUAAAUUUCAAGGGCAUGGCUUUACUCCAUAAAUCGUUCGUGCAGCUGCACAAGAAACUGACGAGCUACGAGUGCAUGGUGGAUAACAGAUGGGUGGUCAAAAUAACCGGAUUUGGCUUGCGAGCCUUCAAGUCACCUGAUAAAAUAAACGAAACACUGGACGAGUCUCUCUGCUAA